CCAGCCUCCUUUUCCUUCCACUUCCCAAGACCUUCUCCUAGACCAAAACCCAUAGCACUUGGCUCUCUUCUCCUAAGGAGGACCAGCCCAUAUCCAUGGAGAACCUCUCAGCUUCUUCUCGAACCGAAGCUUUUCCGGUUGGUCUUCGAGUUCUUGUAGUUGAUGAUGAUCCAACCUGGUUAAAAAUUCUGGAAAAGAUGCUCCGAAAGUGCUCCUACGAAGUUACAACAUGUGGCUUAGCAAGAUUUGCUUUGGAGAUGCUUCGUGAAAGAAAAGAUCAUUUUGACAUUGUAAUUAGUGAUGUCAAUAUGCCUGACAUGGAUGGUUUCAAGCUUCUUGAACAUGUUGGGCUAGAGAUGGACUUACCUGUCAUCAUGAUGUCCAUCGAUGGGGAAACAAGUAGGGUAAUGAAAGGUGUUCAACAUGGUGCCUGCGAUUACCUUCUUAAGCCUGUGAGAAUGAAGGAGCUAAAAAAUAUAUGGCAACAUGUUUAUAGAAAGAAAAUGCAGGAAGUGAAGGAGAUUGAAGGUCAUGAUAUCAAUGAGGAUAUUCAAAUAAGAAAUGAAUUUGAGGAUUUUGAAGACAGGCAUGUCUUAAAUGGAACUGAUAUGAACUCUAUGAGAAAAAGGAAAGAUGUGGACAAUAAAGAACAUGCUGAUCAAGAAUUUACUGACCCUGCGACUGUUAAGAAAGCUAGAGUGGUUUGGUCUGUCGAUCUUCAUCAGAAAUUUGUGAAUGCUGUAAACCAAAUAGGAUUUGAUAAAGUUGGUCCGAAGAAAAUACUUGACUUGAUGAAUGUUCCUGGAUUAACAAGGGAAAAUGUUGCCAGCCACCUACAGAAAUAUCGUCUCUACUUGAGUAGAUUACAGAAGCAGAAUGAGGGAAGAAAUUUUGGUGGAAAUAUGCAAUCUGAUUUCAGCUCCAAGGAUGUCACAGCAAACUUUGACCUGCAUAGCUCAACCCAAAUGCAGCAAAAUGGUGCAUCUUCAAAAUACAUCUACACAAAUCAAAAAAUCCCAGCUCAAGUGAUCGUCCCAGAUGGCUGUGCAGAUGACUUUAAGAAUGUUGUGUCUUUGCAAGUUAUGGAUAGUAAACAAGCUUUAUUAAGUGAUGUUUCUGACUCUCAGAAGGUCAACAGUGUGUCUCAGUUAGGAGUACUGCUUUCUUUCAAAGAGAUGAUGCCAAUUGUUGACAUGAAGCCACUGGAGCCUGCCAUAUCAAGGCACCAAUCAUGGAAUGGAGGUAUUCCAGUAAUGCAAUUUAUGCAGUAUCCAAAACAUAACCACAAACGUUGUAGUUUGUUAGAGGACUACUCAUGUCUGCCGAAGCCUGACCAAGAACAUCAGGUUUUUGCUGAUCAUGUUCAUACCCCUCCAUCAGUCAUCUCAGUCACAUGCAACACUGAGGAUGAUAUGUGUAGUGUUUCAGAACUAAAACCAGUUCAUACAAAUCAGAAAAGCAGCCACAUUAAACCUAUAUCACCAGUGCCUUUUAUGACUAACCCUGUCUCUGUUCAAGUUGAUAGUGGUCUAAGCAAUACUCAAGACUAUAGUGGUCUAAGCAAUACUCAAGACUUUGGAGCAACAUGCGGAAAAGAUGGAUCAACAAACCAAAAAGAUCACUACAAUGAUCAAACAUGUAGUGGUUGGAUACCUCCACCACUACAAUUGAGCCUUACAAAUGAGACAGAUCUGGUAUCUUUGCCUGAACAGUUGCAGUUGUGUUCUCUUCAGGGCAUUGGCUGCUUUGAGAAUGUAGGGCUGAAUAACAUGGAGAUUUUUCAGUACAAUGAUUCGACGUCAGCGAUAGAAGUUCAUGGUAACUGGUAUGACAGCUUGGAGUUUAACUGCGAUUAUUUGUAUGACUCAGCAGAUUACCCUAUUGUAGAUGAAUGUCUUUUUGCCUAAUCACACUUUGAAUAUCUUUUCUUCAAAUCAAACACUGCUGAAGAAGGAUAUUGCUCAUCCAUAUGUUACUAUAUGGUUCCUCUGUUAGGGGAUUAGCAAUGUACCAUCAGCAUCCUGAUCAAAGGAUAUGGUGCUACCACUUAACUAGGGCACGCAUGUAUUCCAGAUAAAACUAUGAUAAUGUAUACUUGAUAUAUGUAAGGAUUA